AUGUCUAUUGAUUCACAUUCAUUAAUUAAUAAAUAUCAGCAUGAUUCUACCAGCAAACAAUCUGAUGUUGAAUUAUACAGGUCGCAAGUGGAUAAUAUUUUCAAAUUGACAAGUUAUGAUAGUUUUAACUCUAUUCAAUCACAUUAUUAUGAAUUAAUGAAUUUUGAAAUUGAAACUCCAUCAAUUAUAAAUAUAAUUUCAUUAACAAUUCAGUUAAAUAAAUUAAAAUUAAUAGAUCUCAAGUAUAAAUUAGAGAGUAUAAAACACAUAAUUGCAAAAUAUAAUGAGAAAAUAAAUAAACUACGAGAGGAAAUUAAAUCGAAAUCAAACAAAAUUUCAAUUUUAAGUAAAGAUUUAGAAGAUAAAAAAUUUAAUUUGAUAACAAGUAAUGAAAUAGAAAGUUCCAUUGUCAAUAAACAAGUUCAAGAUAUUAAAGAGGGCAAAAUGAAGUUAUUCAGUUUUCAAUUUAAUAAAAUUCAAUUUGAAAAAUUUGAAAUUUUAAACGAAUAUAAUUUUCAAAACUAUAACAAAGAGGGUAAAAAAUUUCUAUUUAACAACCAACCUAUAUUAAAAUUAACUGAGUUUUUGAAUUAUAAUUUAAUCAUCAUAAAUCAAUUUCUUGAAAGACUAAUCAUUCUACAAAUUCAAUUGUAUAAAAUAUUUGACAAGUUUGAAUUACCUUAUUUAACUGAAUUACAAAAUUACUUGCCAGAUCAAGAUUUUUACAAUUUGAUUCAAAAAAAAGAGAUGAUGAUAAUAGGUAAAACUAAAGAAUCGGAAGAAGGAUUAGAGAAACAAUCAAUAAAAGAAUAUGAUAUUAAAGAUAUAGGUAAUACUGAUGAAAAAAUAUUAAAAUUAGGAAACAAUUAUAAAUUGCCAUUGAGCUCAAAAACAUUGAAUUAUCAAAGAAGAAAUCAAAAUUUUAAUAACAUUACACCGGAAGAUUUAAAUAAUAUACCAAUAAUUAAAAAUACUAAUACUAAUAAUUUAAGUUCAUCAAUUUCAAAGUCAAAUAGUACAAGUAAAAAAAUUAUAAUACCACACAAAAUUAUAAACAAACCAUUUAACAAACUAUCAAUCAAAGAUUUCUUGAAAUUUUUAAUCAUAAUAGUUAAAAUUAUCAUAAAUUUCCAAGUUUUUUUACAGCAUCAUCCAAACAAACGUACGUCUAAUUUUGAAUUAUCAGAUUGGUGUGAUUUUGAAAAAGUCUUGACUGAAAUAGUACAAUUUAAAAGUCUUUUUGAUAAUAAAGAAGGUGAAAUUACGAACGAUAAGAGAGCUGCUUUACCGUCAAGAAAUAUUACACAACUGAAGCAUGAAAUAUUUCAAAACUUAAUCGAUAAUGUUUACAUACAAAUAAUUAAAUCAGAAAAGAAUAAUAAACCACCAAUACAAUUGCAAGAUUUACAUUUAAAAAACUUGUUAUCCAACUUUCAAAAUAAAAAUAAUCAAAAUGAUGAUAUUAAUAAAGUAAAUAGUGAUUCUUGGAAUCUUGUUAGUGAUAUCUUACUAUUAUAA